AUGGUCGAAGGACGGAGUAAGAAUGCUAAAGCCACUACAAACCAUAAUAACGUUCAAAAGGCUGAGAAAGCUCUACAUCAAUAUCAAACCUUUAUAGAAGUUCAAGUCAAAAGAUCUUUUGCCCAUCCAAAUGGGGCGAACAUACGUCGCAAUGCUCAAGCCUCAAGCGAUGUCUUAGCUCGGGUUCUCAACGAGUGUAAGACGUUGGGAGACUUUACCAGGUUCUAUGGUGUCCUUGGUCGACUUCGUCAGCAGGUACGCCAGGGCGCGGCACGGAGGCAGGACCGGAUUAAUUUUCUAAAGAAGCAGAAAGCGGCUCCUCAGCAUGGACGUGAUAUCCUGAAGUGGCGUGCUGCUAUUGCACAGUCUCUUCGUGGAGAAACCAAGAAGAGUAGUGCUUUCAAUUCGAAGCUUGGAGCUAAGCAGACGCUUGUAGCUCCUAGGAUGUGUCCUGAUUAUCCUAUCAUGGCUCAGAGUCGGGCUGCUUCGAUGACGAGGGAAGUUGAUAUAAACCUGGCAAUUAAAUCCGAUCCAGACACGGACGGCAACACUGCAGGCCAAGGUUCCAGGUCGAGACCAGUCACUCCGGCAAUUCUAGCGGGGGAGUCUAGGACGUCUACCGCCACACAGCAAGAUCCACUCCAGCCGCCACACACUACUGCUGAGAGCAUUCAGCACAAGCCGAAGCGCGGCCGACCAAGUAAUGCUAAGCUCAAUCAUCUCGCUUCAUCCAUUCACAACGAAGACCUGGCUGGUUUGAUGGAAGAGGCUUCCAGAAUGAAGCCGGCAUCGAUCCAGCGCUGCUCCAAGUACCGUGAGUUCGCUCCAAAUGGCUCUCGACUUCCAAACUUCGUUCUUGUGACGAGAACUCCGGACGAGAAUGAGAGCGAUGAGGAGUAUAUGCCUGACGAUGAAUGA